AUGGGAGUUAAAGGACAAGUCCCGGAGAGAGAGCAGUGGGGCAGUAAGAUUGAGUUCAUCCUGGCAGUUGCCGGACACAUUGUCGGUCUGGGAAACGUCUGGAGGUUCCCAUACCUUUGCUACAAAAAUGGAGGAGGGGUAUUCUUCAUACCUUAUGUUUUGUUUUUGUUCACCUGUGGCAUCCCCCUCUUCUUCCUGGAGACAUCUUUGGGCCAGUACACCAGUCAGGGUGGAAUCACAUGUUGGAGAAAAAUCUGCCCUCUUUUUGAAGGUUUAGGUUACGGAAGCCAAGUGGUGGUUUUGUACACUGGGGUGUAUUACAUCAUCAUUCUGGCUUGGUCGUUUCUCUACCUGUUUUCAUCCUUCAAGUCAGAGCUUCCAUGGGCGACCUGCCGCAACAGCUGGAACACAGAUGUCUGCUUUGAGCAUGGUCACAAUCAAACAUCCUCUCUGCACCUGAAUGGAAAUAGCACAUCUUCGGUUGUAGAAUUUUGGGAAAGGAGAAUCUUGGGCCUGUCCAGUGGGAUUGAGAAAAUUGGCAAUGUUCGUUGGGACCUGGCCCUCUGUCUACUUCUUGCCUGGAUGUUGUGUUACUUCUGUGUUUGGAAAGGAGUGAAAUCCACAGGAAAGGUGGUCUACUUCACUGCCACAUUACCGUAUGUAAUGCUGGUGAUUCUGCUUGUUCGUGGUCUUACAUUACCAGGGGCCAAAGAUGGAAUCAUGUUCUACCUCUACCCAGACCCAUCUCGCCUCACUGAUCCAGAGGUAUGGAUGGAUGCUGGAAGCCAAGUUUUCUACUCCUAUGGAGUUUGCACAGGUGUUCUGACAUCUUUAGGAAGUUACAACAAGUACAGCAACAACUGCUACAGAGACUGUGUUUACCUUUGCCUGUUAAACAGUUUAACCAGCUUUGUAGCUGGCUUUGCCAUCUUUUCUGUGCUCGGUUUUAUGGCAAAGGAGCAAGGUGUGGAUAUAUCGAUGGUGGCUGAAUCAGGUCCAGGGUUGGCAUUCAUUGCUUAUCCCAGUGCUGUGGCUCUAAUGCCACUUCCCCAGCUCUGGGCUAUUUUCUUCUUCAUUAUGAUCAUCUUUUUAGGAUUAGAUAGUGAGUUUGUUUAUCAAGAGGCAUUGGUCACAACCAUCACGGACAUGUAUCCUGAUUUCUUUCAAAACCAUUGUCGCCGCAAACUCCUACUUCUUGCCAUUUCUGUUGGAAGUUUCUUUGUUGGCCUUCUGAUGGUCACAGAGGGAGGCCUGUAUAUUUUCCAGCUGUUUGACUAUUAUGCCUGCAGUGGCAUGACACUCCUGUUCUUUGCUAUUCUUCAAUCUCUUUGUAUUGGAUGGGUCUAUGGAGCAGAUCGUCAGUAUGAAAAUAUAAAGGACAUGAUUGGAUAUCGACCAUGGCCUUUUAUGAAAUAUUGUUGGCAGUACUUCGCACCAGCCAUCUGUACUUUCACCUUUCUCUUCUCCUUGGUCAAAUAUACUCCGCUCACCUUCAACAACACUUAUGAAUAUCCCUGGUGGGGCUACACCAUUGGAGGAUUCUUCACUCUCUCUUCAACCCUUAUGGUUCCUUUGUGGAUGCUGUAUGCUGUGAGUGUAACUCCAGGAACACUCAGACAGGUACAGUAA